AUGUCGUCAUCUCGUCAGUUCUCUCACUCUCCCAGAAAAUCCAAGGCUAACUCCAAAAAGAAAAUGUUGAUGUUCAUGGCAAAUCAGAUUGCCAGAAUCGUGCCAAAGAUAGUGUCUGAGAUUCAAGCCUCCAGCACUCCCAAUCAUUCUGGCGAUUCUCACGUAGUACAGCCUAAACCAGUCUCGUUCAACUACAAACACUUCACUGCCUGUAACCCCAAAACUUUCACUGGGAAGGAUGGUGUGACUGCCAUGUUGGAAUGGUUUGACAGCAUGGAAGUCACAUUCAUAAAUAGUGAAUGCCCAGAGGAGCUCAAGGUUCGAAGUGCCACUGGUGUUUUCCAAGCCAGGGCACUAGACUGGUGGACUAACGAGAGAAAUAUUCGAUCCAAUGAGCUAGCUUACGCGUUGUCUUGGGAAGAACUCAGACAGCUUAUGAUGGAGGAAUUCUGCCCUCCUCAUGAGCAGUUCUGGACCCUCAAACAGGUUGGAGAUGAAAACCUUGCAUACACUACUCGGUUCAAGCAGCUAUGUUUUAUCGUGCCUCAUUUGGUGUUAACCACAGAACGCACCAUUCGGAAGUAUAUCAAUGGGUUGCCUCCUACGAUGCGUGAUACCAUCGAGGCGGCUAGGUUGGAUAAUAUCGAGGAUGUGUAUCGCCUCGCGACAAGUUUGAAUAAUAAUCGAGUUCGUGAUAAACAAGUCGCAGCAGCAUCUAAACCUACAUCCUCCUCAAAACCCGCUCAUCAAAUCACCCACAACAAUAGGGGAAAGAAGCGUGCUCACCAAUCCUCAGUUUGCAACGCUGUUACACCAGUUGAAAAUCCAAAACCUAACCCAGCAAACCCAGAAAAGAAGCAAUACACAGGACCAAACCCUAAGUGCACAAUUUGCCACUUUCAUCACCCAACCACGAGCCCAUGUAGACACUGUACCUCCUGCAAUCGCUAUGGGCAUUUGGCAGCAUACUGUCGCAACAACCCUACGACAGCCCAAAACUCAAAGCCAGCAAAUGUGGUCAGGGCAUGUUUCAAAUGUGGGGAUCCAACUCACCUAUGA